AUGGAUACUAUAGUAUUAGAUAAUAAUAAUAAUAUUAAUAAUAAUAUUAAUUAUAGUAGUGAUGGUAUUAAUAAUAAAAUUCCAAAAUGUUUAACUCACAACAAACAAUUUAAAUUCAUUUGCUAUAAAUGUAAUGAAUUAUUAUGUUCAAAGUGUAACAACCUUCAUAUUCAGUUAAAAGGCACUGGACACAAUUGUCAACACAUCGAUGAUAUUUCAUCGAAUUUAUCGAGCCAUUUCAAAGAGGGUGGUAGUGGUGAUGGUGUUGUGGCAACAACUUCCGAUAAUAUUAAGAAGAGAGUAGAUAGUCUUUGGCAAAAUAUCAACCAUUCUUCAAAUUCACUGAGCAACUUGGAGGAAAAGGAAAAUGAGAUAGCCAAAUACUAUGAAGAGCUGCAUGAGUAUCUACGUAUUAAGGAGUGCUAUUUGAAAAAGCCAAUAGUAGCUGAGAAAGAGAGUGUUUUCAAGCACAUUAAAGAUUCACUUGUCGAAUUGCAAUCCGAGUCAAUUGACUAUUCACACUCCUCAGAGUACACUUUCAAUUCAGUGGUAUCAGUCGGUGAAAAUGUCUAUGUAUUCGGUGGUGGCAAAGACACCGUCAAUCAAUCGAAAUACUUUAGAUACUCCACAAAGAAGAGAUCAAUGGUAGUAGGUGAUUUCAAAAGUGAUAUCAACGGAGUGGCAUGUGGCAGAUCGAUAUCAGUGUGUUACGAUGGUAAGAACCAUGUGUAUUUAAUCAACGGACAUGAGUUUUCAACGGACAAGUAUCACCAAAGAAUCGACCGUUUCAACUUGGCGAAUAUGAGUUUCGAGAAGUUCUUUGAUUUCCCAGAGAGCGAAGAGAAUCACAAUCAUAUCUUUUCAUUCUUCUACAAAGACAUUCUCUACACGAUAAGCGACCAAAUCUAUACAUUCCAAGCAGAGAGCAGGUUACUCUCGCACCUAUCGAUCAGGGAUAUCAAAGAUAUAUGUACUGCCUGUACCGAUGGAGUUGGAAACCUUUUUAUUCUCAUGAAAAACCCGUACAAUGUUAGAGGAUUCUGUCGACUCAACAUCGAUACCAACAGAAUCGAAAAACUGCAGCUACCCAAUGAUAUUAGGUUUGGAGAUUCAAUGCUCUAUCAUGAAGGUGUUAUCUACUUGAUCGGUGGUAAGGAUCGUAAGAAUUACACUUAUUCAGUUGAGAAAAAGGAAUGGUCUCGUUUCUUUAAGAAUGACACAUCGAAAAGAAGGUUGUGUGGAUCUGCAAUAGUCAAUAUAAACUAA